CCGUGGGAGGGCACGGCCCCGGGAGGGCUGCAGCUCCAAUGGCGCGCUGUGCUGGCGGGCACGGCCCGUGGGAGGGCACGGCCCCGGGAGGGCUGCAGCUCCAAUCGCGCUGUGCUGGCGGGCACGGCCCCCGGCCGUGACACGCCGCGCUGGCGCCGGGCCCGCCGGAGCGGUGCCGGGGAGGGCGGCGCUGCCCCGCGGCCGAUCGGGCGGUGAGAUGGCGGCGGUGCUGUGGCGCGGAGCUGCCGGGCUUCUUAGCAGAUUGCAGACUUCAUCUCCCACAGUACGAACUCUAUCAUCAACAAAGUCCUUUUCAAGUAAUAUUCCAAGCUGUUUGUGGAAACUGGGCAGACUUAAUCACGUGGCAAUUGCAGUGCCUGAUUUGGAGAAAGCUCAGUCCUUGUAUAAAGAUGUGUUGGGAGCCCAGGUGAGUGAGACUGUUGCUCUUCCUGAACAUGGUGUCUACACUGUUUUUGUGGAGCUGGGAAAUACCAAGCUGGAACUUCUGCAUCCUUUAGGAGAGAAAAGUCCCAUUGCAAGCUUCCUGCAAAAAAACAAGACUGGAGGAAUGCAUCACAUCUGCAUUGAGGUCGAUGACAUAAAAGCGGCUAUGACAGAACUGAAGAAAAAAAAGAUACGAAUAUUGAGUGAAGAGCCAAAAAUAGGUGCACAUGGCAAACCUGUGAUUUUUCUUCACCCUAAAGAUUGCCAUGGAGUGCUUGUGGAACUUGAGCAAGCUUGAACUGCAAUAUUCAUAAAUAAAACAAUAGAAGAGUUGUGAAGUUCCUGGACUGGUGCUGGGAAUACUGAUGUGGUAUUCAGUCUUCACAAGUUCACUGUGGUUCCCAUGGAUGAAGUUCAGCUUUUGAGCACUGAAAUAGUGCUACACAUUUAGGGUCUUUCUUUGUUGUUGCUGAUCUGAUUUUCAGAAUUAAUUUGUUGGCAUUUCUUGAAUUCUCUGUGAUUCUAAACACAAAUGCAUGAGCUAAGUUCAUAUGUAUCGUAGUAAUUUAUAUUUUGUUGUUUGUUUGCAGUAUGAUUUUACCUCUGUAGCCACAGAAACGAUACCAUUUCUAGGUCAAGCUGCAUUAUUUUGCUCUACAUUUCAGAGCAGAGACCCACUUCUCAGUGCCAACAAUAUAGCUUACAUAUUUUCUUUAGAAAUAAAGGAAAAUGAACAUUGUGUUUUCUCUUUUCACCAUUCACCAUCUGCGCUUCACACUGAUUGAUUGGUUCAUGCAAUAAAAAAUCCAUAUAUUAUUGUAUAGGUGUCUGCAAUCAGUAAAUAAGUUUUUCUUUGCAUAACAAUUACUGCCAAGGAAGUUCCUAUGCAUAAAUCAUUAUUUAGUUGUUUUAUGGACGUUGUGGAUAUGCAGGCAAUGCAAGAAGAGAACCUGAAAAUUAUUUCUGUGAUAUAUAUUUCAGACUGUAAUGUAUUUGUGACAUUUUAGUUUUUUUCAUUUUUAAGGUUUUUAAAUUUUUUUCCCAGUCUUUCUCCAUAGAAGGACAUCUUGAAGAGACAUGAAUGAGCAGCAAUUAACCUUUUCACUUACUUUACAAAUAUGGUUUUCCUGUGCAGAAGCACUUACAAAAUCAGUGGCAAACACACACCACAUAAGUCUUGCUUCUGUACAUGGUUGUUAAUAUUAAAGGCCACACCAGCAUGCUGAUGUCACAGGCUGCAGGCACAGUUUUAUGAACUUAUUUAUGGACAGACUUCACUUUACUGGUGUAUAUUACCCAAGAAAUCUUUUCCUGAUACUUUCUUUUAUAGGUUUGUUUUGACAUUUCAGCUGUAGAAAUAGAAGACUUGCUGUUUCUUUAGUUUUCUCAAGCCUUGAAAAGUCAUACUUUCCUAGCUUAACUAAAUCUGAAUUUUAAAUUUUCCUACAUCUCUUCAAAUACAAUAAUAAACUUCAGCUUGAUAUGAAGAUCAUUUUAGUCUAGGCAACUUUUCAUUUAAUGGAAUUAUUUGCCAUGUGUGUCACGUUUGCAGCAACAAAAUACAAAUAGAAAAACGUUGAUCUGAGAUUUAAACAUGUUUUUAAAGACUUUGACACUUCCUCAUGAAUUUUACUUCCGAAAAAAAUCUCUACAAAAUCAUGAUUUUUUUUUAACAAGAUAGUUUUGUACUCAAAAUGAAUACUCCUUCUGUCAUAUUUUAAGAAAAACACAGCCUUCCACAGGGUUUCUACACUUCAUCAAAUCACUGUUUAGAGGCUAGUUUGUGAUCUAAAUUCUAAACUCUGUAAAUUUAGAAAUCCUAAGGCUUAUGAUGGAAACACAGAAUGAUUUAAUAUUCCUGAAAUGUGAUUCAGCCAUUCCAGGAGACAUUCUAUGAGCAAAGCUGCUUUUGUCUUUUCUUUCUGUGAAAGACGAAGAGGUGCCUUUUCUGCGAAACCAACAUAGGAAUGCCAACAGUAAAAGCCUCACUGGUUAAGAUAAUUGAACAGAAGUCUUUAAACCAAAUACCUUAGUUUGGUGCAACAGAAACCAUCCUCCCAUGGUUCAUUCUCCAUUUCUUUGUCCUGUCUGAAGGAGAUGGCCUUUUGUGUGUGACAUCUAUCAAUAUGCUCAGAGUAGUGGCUUGAGGCAGUGCUAGAGAACAGAGAUUUUUAAGUAAACACCACUUGCUCCACCUGCCAAUUGUGCUCCCAAUCUUACUGGCAGAAAGAGGCUUGUAAUACUUUUUAGCUGGUAACCAGCAAUUUUCCUGACUGACUGACAUGGGGUUGCCCAGCUGUAAGAGCGCUGAUGUAUUUUGUUCCUCGUAUCUAAGUCGUGCUCCUGUCUCACUCAGAGUUCAUACCUUUCUUCUGACUACUCCUAAGGUGGAAGUCAAGAAAACACCAACACACACACAACCCCAGCCCUGCAAAAGCGAGUUUAGGUCUGCAAAUUAGUCAGUACCCAAAACUGGAUCAUUCUUACAAGAUUGUACAAUUUGAUGGGAUCAGACCCCUGUAGUUGUCUGGGUGUGUGCUACAGGACAGGAGAAUUUCCCCUUCUGGAGCAAUAGACAGAAUAGCCAA